UACAAGAGCUUCACUUGAAAUUAUUUCUACAGAAGAUACUAUAGCUAAUAGGAAAAUAGUUUCUAACAUUAUUAAGGCAGUUGAAGAAAAUAUUAAAGGCUUUAAUGUAAAAUUAAUAGUUAAUGCACCUGAUAUCACCCCGGAUGAUGCUGAAGUUCUUAAACAAAUUUCCACCCGCUUGUUCACUGAUAAUAUGAUAUUGCAAUGA